ACAUGACAUGUCUGCGUCUGUCAACGGCAACCGCGCGAGUCAGACACAGUCGUUCCGUUGGGUUUGCCUGUGGUGCUAGCAAGCAACAACCAACCGCCUGAAUGUAGAUCCGCAUGGGCUACUGCUACUCUUUCUCUCCAAAUAACCCAGCGGAAUCAUAAGAUAAGGAUCCCAGGAUGGUCUUAGUGCAUGUCGGAUAUCUGGUUCUUCCUGUAUUCGGCUCAGUGAGAAACAGAGUAUGGAGGCUGGCUCUACAUUCUGCAUUUAUCAGAUCUUUGUCGUCCCCCCCAUUGUGUAGCUAAUGAUCAUCUGCUGCUGUGUGGUGUGGCCUCUGCCUGUUCUCUGCAUUUAGCUGUAUUGUGACUCCCUUCUUCAUUUCCUCUUUCCAUCAGAAGACGACAUUGGUAUUAAAAAGCCCCCCCCCCCUCCUCCCAAAAUGUAUUCAGUCUUAGACUUUCCAUGUUAAGCAGACUAAAACAAUAGCUAACACCUAGCUCAGAGCAUCUUUUUUGUCUUUGUUUCUGUCAAAUUGCUGUAGCACUGAGUAAACAUUUUAGCUCUUUUUUUAAUUUUUAGAAAUCAGUUGAAUGUCAUUGUGUACUUCCCAUCCAGUCUUGAUAGACAACAUGCUGUAAAUUCCUGUAAAGUGGAUACAUUUUGCAUGCUCUUAAAUACUGCACUGCAUUGUUGAACACCAGAAUUCGGCUCAUCUUCCUUCUCUUCACACAAGGUGCAAUGUACAUGAUUAAAGUGACCUAAACUUAAAAAAAGCAUGCAAAUUGGAAUCAUGCAUGCCAUUUUUAAAACUCUGCAUUCCAGCAAAUGCUGCCAUGUGAUCACUUCAAAUUGGUUUAAGGUACACUGCACCUGCACACUACAACCUGCCAUAACUGUCUCCAUUUUUGUGUAAUCCUUUUGUUCCCUUUGCAAAUUUUGAGCUUUGAAUCACACUGAAUUGUCAGGGCUGCUUGCUCCUUACGGGCAAAUGAAACUCAAACAUUUACGGAAGCAAAACAUGCUCACUGGUGGUUCAUCACGUCCCAAUUUCCCCACUAACAUAAGGCCAAAAUGCUAUCCAUUUCACAGGGAUGCCUAUUUUUCCUGCACUGCUAAAGAGAUCCUCUAUUAGUAAUAACGUCUUUAUUGUUUGGUUGUGGUCUCUCUUUACCUUUUGUUCUGGUAAUAGUACUUUCAAUGCAUGAUCACAUUUAUGAUUCAUAAUUUGUUUUUGUUUUUCUACAUUGACUAGUGAAAAUCCAAUGUAAUCUUUCUGUAGUAAAGAUGUACCCUGCUGUACUGAAAUCAUGUGCUGUAGCCAACACGUCUGCUCAUUGGAUGCCGCUUUUGUUCUUUUUAACCCUAUAUGGAGCAUGGUGGGCCUUGCCUUCAGUCUAUGUUGUUUAUUUUUGUUGCAUGGAUUUAUACUAUUAUUACAAACAAACAAGAAAAAAAACAAAUUCCACAUUUACUAAUAUUUUUCAAUAAAGAAUAUAGUGUUUUUCCUAACCUUCAGUGUGCUUCUUGCUGAUUUCCAUUUAUUGUCCUCCCUCUCCCUUGUCCCUACCUGCCCCCCUCCACCCCCCCACCCACUUCCUCGCCCGCUGUGACAAAGAUAGACAAUUUCCACGCUUCCUCCAUCACAGGGCCUGAAUUAGUCUAUCUGCUGUCAUUCAUGGUGAUUGUUUCACUGAGACGCUUGAAAACGCAGUAUUAGAGUCUAGACUUGAGCCUUUGACCCACGGCAGCAAGGUCAUCGCUUGUCUGCCCGGCAACACUGAUGUCCUGAAAAAAUUGCUGGAAGGUCAUACUGCUUAUCUUUUGCUGGAUGUGUUUUUAAAUCUCAUACUGUGAUUUUCAAGCGUACUCUUAGUAAAUGCAAUGUAGACUGCCUAUUUCUUCAUGAUUUUUAGAAGUGUUUUCACUGUUUACAUCAGAAUUCGCCAUCUCUUUUUACACUGUCGAAGCAGAUUCAGCUCAAACUGUGCUGGAAUUUUACUUCACAAUUUCAAUGUCUAAACUCUAAAUUCACUGCUUGAGUUUCUGCCAGAUGGACGUAACGGAGCACAGUGAAUCCUGCUGCUCCACUGCAGACCAAUCAUGGCUCCUUUUAGCUAGGAUUUCCUCAAAGUUCUAAAAAGCUACAUUUGUUAUUGCAAUUUCUCACUCCGUGCAUAAUAAGAAAAAAAAUAUUUUUACCGUGAGCUCAUUAUUAAAACCACAUUGCACCGCAGCACACGUUUGUCUGUAUUUUUCUCCCUGUUGAGUCUCCACAGCAGUCCGCUUGCUGCGGUUGCCAAAUAGCUGUGGUUGGAGAGGGUUUAAAAGGCAUUUAAGCUAUUUCCUCUCAACUCCUGGAUGUACAUAUGAGAGAAUAAGUAGGGCUACACUGUAUGUGUGAGGAUACAGUAGGUUUCAGUAAAAUGUUUAGUGUAUGAGAAGGAAGGUAUUAUUCCCUUAGUGCUAUACAGAUAGAGACGUGGCUCCCUGAACAGUUUGCGUAUCUUAUAGACCGGCAGGUACUAACGGUUUUACUCGACUGCACUGACCCACUGUCGGCUGCAGAAUUUACAAGAACCGAACCACGGUGAAGACCAUAUACUGGCAGAUUUCAUCUGUUCUGAUCCAGUUCGCUUGUCUGUGAAUCAGAAGACCGGGAGUCGAACCGGAGGUCGGAAAUGAAAGCUUGCGUAUGUGUGCCGGACCAAAAAUAUGGUUGUCAUGUUCAUGGUACUUGUGGUAACCGUCAUUUCCCCACCCCCACAGAAGUAUUUUUCACCCUAGGUAAGAGGUAGGGCUUCAUUAACAUGCUAUAUCACACACACAAACACACACUCAGUGACACCACAUUUCACCCACAAUUAAUUCCAUCUAAUCUCUCCCUUCAGGUGCCUUACAACUUCUCCUUAUCCUCCACAGGAUCCCAUUUCAACCGGCAGCAGCAGCAGCAGCAGCAGCACAGCCAUGCUACCUCUUGCCGGCACUUCCAGUUAGGUCCUCAGGCCCCGCUGCCCAUGGACUUCCCCAUGCCCCACCCAGGGCAGCCACAGUCAGGCAUUAACCCCCACCUGGCCCCUCCCGGCCACCAGCAUGGCCCUCCGCUCCACCCGCCCCACAACCCCCUGCCUGCUCCUCAGUUCCAGGACAUCCCCGCCCCUCCCUUCCUACCUCAGGCAUUACACCAGCAAUACCUCCUCCAGCAGCAGAUCCUUGAGGCCCAGCACCGACACAUCCUGCCACCCUCCAGUAGACGCACCCCAGAGAGAGUUCCUCACCAGCCCCACAGACUGCGGCCCAGCUAUGAGUUUGCUCCCCCUCUUCAUGUCCCUCCUCAGCCUGUGGUGCAGCAGCCCCGCUACCUGGCUGAGGGCACAGACUGGGAUCUAAGUGUAGAUGCUGGGUUGCCCCCCCACCAGUAUCACAUCCAUCCGCUACCGCAGCACUAUCAGCACUACUUGACCUCUCCCAGGAUGCACCAUUUCCCUCGAAACAAUGCCUCAACGCAAGUGGUCGUCCACGAGAUCAGAAACUACCCAUAUCCCCAGCUGCACUUGCUGGCUCUGCAGAGUCUCAACCCCUCCCGCCACGCGUCCGCUGUCAGAGAGAGCUACGAGGAGCUUUUGCAGCUGGAGGACAGGCUGGGCAGUGUAAACCGGGGAGCGGUCCAAACCACCAUAGAGAGAUUCACCUUCCCCCAUAAGUACAAGAAGAGAAUACCCCAGGACCUGAAGAUGUGUCUGGAGGAUGAGGAGCUGGACACCGAUGAGAAGUGCACCAUAUGUCUGUCAAUGCUGGAGGAUGCAGAGGAUGUCAGGAGAUUACCCUGCAUGCACCUAUUCCAUCAGGCGUGUGUGGACCAGUGGCUGGCCACCAGCAGGAAGUGCCCCAUCUGCAGAGUGGACAUUGAGACCCAACUGACCCCCGACAGUUGAUAGCUCCUGUCGACUCCUGCAGCUUUCGAUCUGGUCUUGUUAAUUCUUCAUCGCGUCCCUCCGGGGGAAGCUCUGCCAAACGCCCCUCUCUUCCACUCUGCAUCACUCAACGAGCCUGCCUUCUGAGACGGCUAUGACAGAGGGAUCAACAAAGCACACUCACCUACAACACGAGGGAUGGGGGGUUGAUGCAUAGAUAGGCGGCUGGACGGAAGGUUGGUUUGAAUGAACUUGCUGGAUGUAAAAGGUAGGAGGAGUGGAUGAGUAUGGACAGAUGUGCUGAGGCUUCUGAUAUUGUAUCAGAUUGUGUGCAUUUCUCCAUACAGCCAUCACAAGAGGACACUGACCACCAACCUCCCCAGCUCAGUGUGGCGUAUUAAGGCCAUUUCUCUGCCACUACAUCUAAACCCCACCCCCUUCCCCGGCCUGUGAAAAAAAUCCUUUAAGCUGCACUUUGCCCAAGCCCUCAGCACAUCUGUACAGAACAUAAUCAAAUGAUUAGCAUGAGGUUGUUUGGUGUGAACUCCCGUAGCUGAACGCUUGUGGUGUAAUGGAGUAUAGUACUGAAUAAGUAUUUACAGAGUAACACUGUUGUGUAGCAAGCAAAAGCCUUUUAAGAAAUAUGUUUGUGGGAAAGAAACCUACACGGAGGUCAAAUACGGCUCAAACGAGAAUAUUCAGCGUGAUAAUUAAUCAUAAACAGUGAGGAAAGAGCUAGUUGUGUAAAAAAAAAAAAAAAAAAAAAGAAGGGAAAAAAGGCCAAAAAUCACCUUGUCUAACAUGGUUUUCGAUUUACAGUUAGAUGCCAUCAGAGUUGAUGCAAAACCCACUAACUGCAGGCAUGGCUUCCAGUGAUCUGUGUAGUGUUGUAGUCGGGCCUCUAUUAUCUAGAGCGGAGGCCUCAGAUGUGCAUGCUGUAUGGCAGGCUUGGGCUAUGUCGUUAAUAUUGUGGAGCAGUAGAAACAGGGACUGUGUGUCUGUGCAUGUGAACCGUAUACUAUGACUCUGACGAUCCCACUCAUUCAUAGAGGAGGAAAAAAAUGCACCUAAUACCCCUCCCCCCGCCUCCUUACAACCCCCCCUCCCCUCCUCCCACCUCUAAUCCCGAGUAGACCAAGUUGCCCUUAGACACCGAUUUUAGACCAACGUAGCAUUUCUCUCCUGACGUCGGAGGUCAGGACUCAGAGCUGCCAGCAGAUCUGUGUCUAACUGCAACUCCUCUCUGUUGCCUCGCUCAUGGCAUGAUCACAUGAUGUGAGAGGCCGGCAUGGGCUCGAGGAUGCAGUGCCUGAGGGCUUGCCAUCAGAGUGAAUCAAAUCCGACAUUCGUAUUUCCUAUUACCAGAACCUUAUUGCCUAUCAAACAAGCACAUGUGAUUUCUAAAUACAGUGAAUCGCCUCUGUUGUUUAUCGGCUCCUUUUCAUUUCAAAUAUAAGUUGCUCCCACUGUUAUGAUUAAAGGACUGUGUCUGGUGUUACAGGGGGAAUACAAACUAGUUUGCCUGUGAUAUGUGCUAGAAUGUGUAUGAUUGUUCCCCCCCCCAAUGGUUGUGGUGUAUGGUAUUGCUAGAACAACUGUGAUGCGUUCAGUGAUAGAAGCCGUUUUUCUCUAUUUCAUGCAUGAACCAUGUCGGCAUAGUUCACUUGAAAGGAGGGUGAAUGGGAGAAAAAGCCAUCCAUUUGAAAAAUACCAAACAAUUGUUCUUAACAUUAAUUUUAUUUUCAAUUGUCUUUUUCUGCCAUUUUUCUUUUUUUCCUUUUUUUUUGCUCACAUGCCAAUUUGGACAUGGUACUAAUAUGCCGAGUCUGUGUCCAUUUUAACCAUAGUGAAGAAAAAGCUGCAAUGCUGCAAAAACUUAUUUAUUGUUGUUAUAAUGUAGCUUGUGUUUUGUAAAUGCACUAUAAUAUGGAGUUGCCUGAUUUUUUUUGGUUUGUUGGUGUGGGUUCUUGUCCUAGAUUUUGUGUUUCUAUUCAGUUCAAAGUAUUUUCAUGCUUCCUUGUGUAUUCUUGGAGGGUAACUUGACUGUUUGUGUUGCGUUUGUUUUUUUCUUUUAGUAUGAAACCUCCAUCCAAAAAACGACAGAUGGAUGAAAAUGGAGGUUUUGCUAGUUCACAUAGAAUGCUGUGAUUAAAGAUGCCUUAAGUAUUUAACAAUCAUUAUUUAUUACUAACUGUAGCUAGCUAGCUAUUGUGGUGGAAUAUUUAAUGUAUCUAUCUCAUAACUUUGCAAUUUAAUCAAUAUAUUUAUUUAAAAUAACACAAAAUAUAAAAAAAGAAUACCUCAUUAUGCAUUGGUCGUUGGGGAUGCUUUUGCAUGCCGUCUGUGUUUUCUUUUUCAAAGGAAGAAAAAGAAAACCUGUUGAAAAAUUGACUUGGGGGUGUUUUCCCAACACAUAUUCUAGCCAGCAUGGUGCUGUUGAUCUGGAUUACAUUCCAUCCAUGUCACCUCUUGAUUUUACUAUUAAAUCUGUUCCUUUAUUAAACAUCACCCCUGCUUUGAUCUGAAGCAAAUUACUGGGUACAGCCUGUUUUUUUGGCUUAGUAUGGCUCCACAAUUAGCUUGCUUUUGUUACUGCUUCGUCUCCCAUAAUCGGUCACGUUUGAUUUAAUUUUAUGAUGUUUGUUUUGUUUCUUAUCAUGUUCACGAUAUUCCAUCAUAUCUGGAUCUCAAUUUUGCGCUUAUUAUUUUAGGACCCACAUAAUGAGCUCUAUUAUUUUGUCCUUAUGUAUUGCUGGCAGUUGCUUUGUGUGGGGUUUUGGGAAGUAUCUAACAUGCUAACUUGAGCCAUUGGUCUUAUUGAGCAAAUUUCUGGUGUACUGUGGUUAUACAAUAUAGAUAGCGUGUUUUACACCUGGGUAUAAUAAGCUAACUACGUUUUUCGGUGUGCAUUUCCUAUUAAUAAUCUACUAAUCCUGCAAAAUAUUAUAACAUGUAUUGGAUUGGAACGAAGCUGGCUGGUCUUAUUAUUUCAUUUCGUGCUCUCACUGGCCUUACCCCAUGUCCUCCACAGUGUACCCCAUCACUCCAGAGUGAACUGGACAGUAGCCAUAGUAUAACUCAAGCUGAUGAACCGGAAUGAACAGUAGAACUUAAAGCACAAGCUUUUUAAUGCAUGUCCUUCUCAGGUUUUCCUAUGUGUAUGUGGGAGUAGCUCUGUAGAUGUGUUUAUUAUGAUGCUGUACCUUCUUGAAUAUUUCAGAUGUUUCUUUGCUGCUGAAAAAAUGUUGAUUAUUAACCUGCCAGUGAAAAAGGGAAGUGGCCAUCUUUGUACAACACACUGCUGUUUUGCUGUAACCGCGCAAUGUUUUAUGAUCUUGAGUAUUUUAUAGAAAAGUAGAAGUAUGUAUCAAUAAUAUGAAAGCAAUAGCUAAAUCAUAAUGAAGAAUAACAUGAUCAGUGAAUAUUGUGGAACAUCUUUAGAUUCACUCUGGGUGGAUUUUGUACUGUAUUUAUUACUAAUGAUGCAAAAAGUUGCAUAGCUUAACCCAAACUGUUCUGUCUCUUUUUUAUUUAUUGUCUUGUAUAUGAUCUUUUUGUAUGUGUUUUUCAAAUAAACUGCCUAAAAUGCUGACAACUAA